CUCAAGAAUCUGAAAAUCAUCAAUCUCAGUCAUUCCCAUUACCUAACAGAAUCACCAGAUCUUUCCAAAGUCCCAAAUCUUGAAAAACUGAUAUUGGUAAACUGUGUAAGAUUGUCUAAGAUUCACCCAUCCAUUGGGCAUCUUGAAAGACUUUCGUUGGUAAAUCUUGAAGACUGCAAAACGCUUCAGUAUUUUCCAGGGGAUUUCUGUAAGUCAAAAUCAGUUGAGACUCUUAUUCUUAAAGGCUGUACAGGAUUUAUAAAACUGAAGGACAAGGGGGAGAUGGUAUCAUCGACAACACCUCAAGCAAGCCAUACAAUGACAAGGAAAUUACCAUCCUCGAUAGCAGGAUUGAAGAACCUGAGAUCUGUGCUCCUUUCAUUGCAUGGCUUAAAUUCUUUGACACUUUUAGAUCUUGGAAACUGCGGUUUAACUGAUGAUGCAAUCCCUAAGGAUCUUGGGAGUCUAUUUUCUUUAGAAAUAUUGGAGCUUGCUGGCAAUUUGUUUUAUAGCCUACCGAGCCUCAGUCGACUCUCCAAGCUUAAAAUGUUAGAUUUGAGUUUUUGCAUGUGUCUUCAUGAAAUCCCGAAUUUACCAACAAAUUUGGAAAUCUUGAGAGCGAAUCAGUGCAUUGCACUUGAAAAAAUGCCAAAUUUUUCAGAAAUGUCGAGUAUGGUAGAACUGCAUCUGAAUUGCUCUCCCGAACUCACUGAGAUUCUAGGCUUGCAUAAGUCGUUAAACACUAUGAGGAGGAUUCAUAUGGAAGGCUGCACCGAUCUCACUGCUGCUUUUAGGAAGAACAUCAUACAGGGAUGGACUUCUUGCGGACAUGGUGGCAUUUUUCUCAAUGGAGUUUAUGAUAAUCCAGAGUGGUUCCAGUUUGUUGGUAUUCAUGAGUCCAAUGGUGUUCAUUUUAAAGUGCCUCAAAUUAUUGGUCGUAAUUUUUAGAGGAUUGACUCUCUGCUGUGUUUUCAAAACGUAUUGUCCUGGAUUUACUGUUACAAAUAUUACCAAGGGUAAGACUUUGCACAUCCCGGGAGAAUAUACACUCGGUUUCGCUAAUAGUGUACUCCGUUUGCAAAGUGUAUUAUCAAAUGAUGUAUUCCCUUUGCAAAGUGGGGACGAAGUCUCGAUUUCUGCAGUUACAGGUUGGAGAGCGAAAGCAAUGAAAACAGGAGUUAAUCUAGUCUGGGAUGAUGGUGAUGGUGGUGACUCAUACUCUAGGAAUGACGAGAUUGGUGCCGUACCAAGCAAUACUUCAUCAGACGAGACUCUUACAUCUCCCUCAGUCCACAUGGACCGUUGUCCGCCCAUGGCUUCUGAUCUCAAAAAGCGUGCAAAGGAGGCGUUCAUCUAUGGCCCCUUCGAGUUGGCCGUAGCAUCUGUCAACCCAAAGUACAGGCAUGAAUUCUACCAGAAGCCAGAAGAAGUGGUUGUGACUAUAUUCGCCAAGGGCAUACCAGCCAAAGACGUUAAUGUUGACUUUGGUGAACAAAUACUAAGUGUUAGCAUUGAUGUUGCUGGUGAAGAUACAUAUUAUUUUCAGCCUCGCUUAUUUGGAAAGAUAAUGCCUGAAAAGUGCAGAUUUGACGUUCUGUCCACCAAAGUUGAAAUUCGCCUGGCUAAAGCUGAACCAUUACACUGGACAUCUCUUGAAUUCAGCGAGGACAACUCUGUUCCACUAAGGGUCAGUAGCCCAGUUGUUGGAGCGUCAAGCCCGUACUACCCAUCCCCGAAACGAAAAAGGGUAGACUAAGCGAUGCGGCGGGAAGAACUUAAUGGAGGUGCGGAAAAUUAUCACCUCUUCGAAUACAGACGAAAAAGGGCACCGAGGAGACAGGACAUGCUGAGGGAAGUCAGGACAGUGCUUUAGACAAACUGGAAGGAAGUGGGAAACAAGAGGUUGAGGGAAGUGCUCUGUGGAGACAAGACAUGCUGUGGGGAGUGGAACAGGACAAUGACUUAGACAAACUGUAAGGAAGUGGGAAACAAAAGGUUGAGGGAAGUGCUCCGGUCGGCGUGGACAUGAAGAAAUGGGAGUUCUAGACUGUUGCUGCUCUCUAGUACUAGUUGGAACUUGGAUGAAUGCUUGUAACCUAUUUGGGAGUGUGAUUUUGUUGGUUGUACGGACAAUGAUUAGUUUUCCAAUUAGUCUUUAGCACUACUCUGGUUUGGAUGAUGACUCUCUCUUAAGAAAUCAACCAGAAUUGGUGUAUU